CUGCUCUUCCUCUCAGCCUUUUCUAUAAGCAUCCUAUAAGUUGGACCCGCCAUGCAGCUGAUGGGACGCCUCAUAGCAGUGCUGCUCCUGGUCUGGACAGUGCGGGCAUCCGCCUUGCCAAGGGAAGACAAGCUGUCGGCACAAAGCAGCCGGGAGCAAACCAAAGCCCGCAAAGUCCUGAUCCUGAAAAUGUUGGCCGAUCUCUUAGACGGCGCAGAGGCGGCUGCUUUCUCUGACUCGGAGGAUCUGCUGGAGAACAAGCUGGACGAGGAGCCCUCGGCCCUGGGCCGGUUAUCCCAGUUCACCCAGAGAGAUCGCAAAGCCCCCUGCAAAAAUUUCUUCUGGAAGACCUUCACCGCUUGCUAA